AGCGAGCUCCGCCUCCCCGGGGCCGCGGGCCGGGCUCAGCCUCCGGCUCGGGCCUUGCCUGCUCGGGCCUGGCCGCGCCGGGAGAAGCGGCGAUGGAGGCUGCGGGCGGCGGCGGAGCGGCGGGCGGCAUCGCCCUGCACGACUUCAGCGGGCAGCUGGGCGAGCAGCGGGUGCACUUCCACGCCAUGCGGCUGCGGGACUCGCUCUUCCUCUGGGUGGGCGCCGCGCCCGCCCUCGCCAGCCUGGCCGUCGCCAUGUGCAGCCCCCGUGACAGCAUCCCGGUGGCCGCCUCGCUCCUGGGGGACCCCUCGGACACCGCCUCCUCCUGCCUGGCGCAGCGCUUGGCCAGCAAGACCAAAAAGCAGAUAUUUGUCAGCUACAAUCUUCAAAACACAGACAGCAAUUUCACCUUACUCAUAGAAAACAGGAUCAAAGAAGAAAUGACAGCUUUUCCAGAGAAGUUCUGAUUGUGCAUCAUUGUAAAAGAAGAUGAAGGUUUUGUUUCAGAAAAACUGUUUGCAAUUUUCACACUGACAUUAAGUUAGUAUAUUUCUUUUGUAUUAUUUUGAUUGAAUUUGUGGUUGUUAUUAAAUAUAGAUACACUUGACUUGGA